CAGUCAAAAAUUAAAAACGGUCAUUCCAUGAUCCAAAUAGAAAUAAUAUUAUGAUAGAGAAUUCAUAUUUUAUAAAGUUAUCUUACACAUGUUAUUUUGCCUUUUUUGAAUAAUUACUUAACUGUAUUAUAUAGAAUAUUAAAAUACGUUUAAGAUUACACACAACGAAGGCUGAUGACAUAAAUGUAACAGUGAAUUAAUUCUAAGUUCAUCAAUCAUUGAAAUUUAACUAGGUUUUUGGGAUAAAGAAGUGUGCUACUUACAAUUUGUAAUGUCUGGGCCGAUUCAGGACGUCGUGGAAGAAGAUGCAGCAGAUUUGCAGUUUCCUAAAGAAUUCGAAAAUGCUGAAACUUUACUUAUAUCAGAAGUUGAUAUGUUGUUAGAGCAUAGAAAGGCACAAAACGAAUCUGCCGAAGAAGAACAAGAGUUUUCAGAGGUAUUCAUGAAGACCCUAACAUAUACGAACAUGUUCAAAAAGUUUAAAAACAAAGAAACUAUAACUGCUAUUAGAAACCUUCUACAGUCUAAAAAGUUGCAUAAAUUUGAAAUUGCAAGUUUAGCCAACUUAUGUCCAGAGACACCAGAGGAAGCCAAAGCAUUGAUUCCUUCUUUAGAAGGCAGAUUUGAAGACGAAGAGCUCAGGAUACUGUUGGAUGAUAUACAGACUAAACGUAGUAUCCAGUACUAAUAUAAUAUACUACCUAUAAUAUUUAUUAAGGAAAAUAUAACAUGAUCUUACUAAAGAGGAUA